GUCAUGGAGGUCAUGGCGCUGAGUAUGGCCAAGGCCGUGUUUAAUGGCGUACUGACCUACGCCAAGAAUGGCGUGCUGAGCUACGCCGAGGCCAACAAGGCAGAGGAGAUCAGGAUCCAGAGCGACGUGGACUUUAUCACCGAGGAGCUGCAGAUGAUGCAAUUGUUCCUGGUGACGGCUGAUGAGGACAAUUGCCAGAACAACGUGAUGUCCACGACCUGCCUGAAGCAGAUCCGCAACCUAGCUUACAAAGCGGAGGACAAACUCAUGGAUUUUGGCCUCCACUCAGAGAAGAAGCCAUUUUGGGGGUUCAUCCCCCGCAGCCUAUCUGAUCCACACCGCAUUGCCACAGAACUGAAUGAGUUGAGAGCCAAGAUGGAGGACGUGAGCAGAAAAAACCCUCGCUACGGCCUCUUCAAGAGCAACAAUGUUAGUUCUGCUUCGAGGUCUACCGCAGCUAGCACGGAAAUGUUUGGCAUCAAUGAAGCAAUCCUUGCCACCCUGGAGCAGAAAAAAUCAUACGUUCUCCAGCAGCUGAUUACCAUGGUGGAGGAGGAUCUUAGAGUGAUCGCCAUGUGGGGAACAAGCGGUGAUCAUGGAAAGAUGUCCGCCAUCCAGGAGGUCUAUGAUGAUCCAGAGGUACUGAAAAAGUUUGGAUUUCGUGCUUGGGUUAGAUUGAUGAAUCCUUUCAAUCCACAAGAAUUCCUCCGGAGCUUGGUGAGGCAAUUCUAUGAAAAUUCCCAUGAAGAAGUUGGAAAGCAAGAAAGCGAAACAAGUGUUGGGGCUAAUAUUUUUGGGAAGAUGGAGAAGAUGGAUCAAAGUGAUUUAAUCUGUGUAUUCAAUACCAAGUUGUGUAGCAAUAGUUACCUCAUUGUGAUAAAUGACCUAUCCACUAUAGAAGAUUGGCAUUGUGUCAAAAAGUACUUUCCCAACAACAAAAAACAGAGUAGAAUCAUUGUUUCGACGCAAAAUGGUGAAAUUGCAAGCUUGUGCACAGACAAUCCGUGCCAAGUGACUGAGCUCAAGCAAUUGUCAUGUGAUCAAACUCUUUAUCUUUUCCACAAGAAGGAUGUGCAUGCAUCAAUGCCCACCAGUAAUAUACAACAGGAAGAUGAAGAACCAAAUACUGCAGGUGAAAAUAUUUCAACUGCUUCAAAGAAGUUUAAUCGCAGCAGGACACUGGCACUGGUUGACGGAGUUCUCACCGGGCGAGAGAAAGAGAAAUCUACUGUCAUCAAAUUAAUUGGUCAACCAGACAACAAACAAAGCUGUAAGGUGAUCUCAGUUUGGGGAAUGAGUGGUCUGGGAAAAACCUCUCUUGUCCGAAGCGUCUACGGAAGCCAAGAGCUUGCUGUCUGGAAGCAUGCAUGGGUCACCGCAUUGCGUCCUUUUAGCCCUGAAGUACUCCUUAGAGAUUUGGCUUUGCAGCUUCAGAAAAGUAUUCAAGAAGAUAUUUCUGGAGCAAUAUCAACUAAAGGGGUAGCACUGAUGAAAAUUCAAGAGUUGAAGGUGGAAUUAGCUCGGCUACUGAAAACACAAAAUUAUCUUGUUGUACUUGACGAUAUAUCAUCCAAUUAUGAAUGGGAUUUGUUAAAAGAGUUUUUGGAUGAUGCUGGAAGGAUCAUAAUCACCACGAGAGAAAGAAACAUUGCCAAAUAUUGUUCAAGGGUACACGAGAACAUGUACGGUCUUCAAGGUCUUCAAGACGAUGCUGCACUUGAUCUCUUUACAAAGAAGGUAUUCAAGGACAACACUCACAAAUUUGAUUGUGUCCCGGCUAUGAUGGAUCAAGCAAGUAUUAUGCUAAAGAAGUGUGAUGGACUUCCCCUUGCAAUAUCGACGAUAGGUGGAUUUCUAGCCACUAAGCCAAAAACUGUUAUUGAAUGGAGGAGGAUGAAUGAUCGUGUUAAUGCUGCACUACAGAUAAAUCCUGAACUUAGGACAAUAAAGGCUGUUCUUAUGAUGAGCUAUGAUGGUUUGCCAUAUUAUCUCAAGUCUCCUUUCUUAUACCUGGCGAUAUUUCAAGAAGAUCAAAAAAUUAGGUUGGAUCGCCUAGUGAGGCGGUGGAUGGCAGAGGGUUACUCACGGGAUAUGGAUGACAUUACUGCAGAGCAACUCGGUCGUAGGUACUUUGAAGAGCUUUUGGAUAGAAGUAUGACCCUGCCAGUGGAAGAUGUAAAUAAUCGCAGUGGCAAAAUUGAUUCUUGCCAACUUCAUGAUAUCAUCCGGGAAUUAUGCAUCUCAAAAGCGAGAGUGGAAAACCUUGUCUUCACCCUAGAGGAUGGAUGUUCUUUGGUCAGUACACAAGGUCCAAUACGUCAUCUUGUCAUAGGCAGCAACUGGAAAAGGGAUGUUGAUGCAUUGCCGAGUGUGCUGGACUUGUCUCAGGUACGGUCAUUGACCGUGUUUGGAGAGUGGAGACCCUUUUUCAUCUCCGGGAAUAUGAGGUUCGUCCGAGUGCUCGAUUUGGAAGAUACACUAGGGUUGAGAGACCAUCAUCUUGAUCGUGUCGGAAAACUCCAUCACCUCAAAUUUCUUUCUCUACGUGGAUGUUGGAAUAUUUUCCGUUUGCCAAAUUCUUUGGGAAAUUUGUUGCACCUCCAAACACUGGAUGUUAGAGGUACACGUAUAUUUGACUUGCCAACAGCAAUUACCAAUCUUAGCAAGCUACAGAACCUUCGUGCACCAGAUUAUUUGGGAGGCAGCAACAAUGUCAAGGGAGAGGAUGACAUAGAACUUGAGUACUGUGGGUACGUUCAUGAUAUUUUCCCAAGGAAGUGGGACUCAUGUUGCCUUUGGAUGUCUAUAUGUCCUCUUUUAUUGAGACCACAAGUUUUAGCUGGUGGUUUGAACAGGCGUGAUGCACUCAAUCUGUUCCGCUUUGAGCUUAUUGACAGCAAGUAUGGUGCUAAAGUUCCUAGAGGAAUAGGUCAGCUGAGGGCCCUGCACAAAUUAGGUGGAGCCUAUGUUGAGGAGAAUGCCACUGUAAAAGAGCUCAGAGAGCUUACUGAAUUGCGUAAGCUUGGAGUGGCUGGUAUCAGCAGCAAAAACAGCAUGGAGUUUUGGUCUGCCAUUGGUGGUCACCAUCAUCUUCGAUCUCUUUCAGUGAGAGGCAACAGGCGGGAAGAGUUAGAUGGUGUUCUGGGUGAGGGUUUGUCGCCACCAAGCUGGCUAGAGAGCCUCAAGCUGUACGGCAAGCUGGUGAGGGUAACAGAUUGGAUCCAUCAGCUUCAGAAUCUCUGCAAUUUGCUGCUUGAGAAUAGCUUUUUGGAGCAAGAUGAUGCCAUACAGGCCCUUGGGGUGCUACCAAAUCUUGCAGUUCUACGCCUGAAGGAGUUUUCAUUCAUGGGGAAACAACUCCAUUUCCAAAACUCCGCUUUCCUGAGUCUCCUGGUGCUGGAGCUUUAUCGCUUACCGAACCUUGAAUCGGUGCUGUUUGAAGAACACGCAAUGCCUAGGCUCGAGCUGCUACAAGUUGAUAGUUGCCCCGUGCUGAAGAAAAUCUUUGGGCUAUCAGUUCUCACAAGCCUCAAGGAAAUUAGGCUGGGUUGUUAUCUUGACGAAUCAUUGAAGGCAGAGAUGAUGAGCCAGCUAGGGGAGCGUCAGAAGCACGUCAUGGUGAAAGAUGUAUGAAUUCCACAGAUCUGUGUAUCUUCCCCUUCUUCUCCUUCUUGUUGGAGUAGUACUACUGUAAUAAUCUCUGUCGUUGUAUAUAUUUCGGGGACCAGUGUAGAUGCAUGCUA